CGCGCGGCGGCGCAUGCGCGGGGCGGCGGGCGGCAGCGAUGGCGUCGGGGUGCCGGAUCGGGCCGUCCAUCCUCAACAGCGACCUGGCGGCGCUGGGCGCCGAGUGCAGCCGCAUGCUGGACUGCGGGGCCGACUACCUCCACCUGGAUGUAAUGGACGGACACUUCGUCCCGAACAUCACCUUCGGCCACCCCGUCGUGGAGAGCCUGCGCAAGCAGCUGGGCCAGGAGCCCUUCUUCGAUAUGCACAUGAUGGUGGCCAGACCCGAGCAGUGGGUGAAACCGAUGGCCGUCGCCGGCGCAAACCAAUACACCUUCCAUCUGGAGGCCACGGACAACCCGGGGGCGUUGAUAAAAGACAUUCGGGAGAACGGGAUGAAGGUGGGCUUGGCGAUCAAGCCUGGCACUACAGUCGAACACUUGGCACCUUGGGCCAAUCAGAUAGACAUGGCUUUGGUGAUGACAGUAGAACCUGGAUUCGGAGGGCAGAAAUUUAUGGAAGACAUGAUGCCCAAGGUCCAGUGGCUGAGGACACAGUUUCCCUCACUGGAUAUUGAAGUGGAUGGAGGAGUUGGGCCUGACACCAUCCACAAGUGUGCAGAGCAGCUGACAGACAAUACAGAAGCAGUGGACCACAGCAGGAGGCAAAGCUGCUUUAUUGUUAACUCAAGUUAUUUCCUGCCCAAAGGAUGAAUCAUACAGGAUCAACUAGUCAUGCCAAACACAAAUGUACUGGGAGGGCUACUAAACAAGCAAUUAGCCUAUGAGCUUCACAGAGAGACACCUUGAAGUCCCUUCAGCAAAAUACGCUAAAAGUACGUGAGACAAGUCAUCUGUAUGGGAUCUGAAAUCUAAACAAGAAAUCCACUGAGUCUUCCAAGCAAGUCCCUUGAAGCCCUGAAGGCAAAUCACUGUUGAAAUUCUUUUUUUUCCCCACAUAUACCAGGAUGGAAGGCAAUGAACAGUAGAUUCUCAAGGGACAGUGUGCCCUUGCUGCCUUAUUAGUUAUUCUCCAAAAGGUUUAAUUAAAUAUCCUUGCAGAAGAGUUCUCCUGGGUAUGUAAUUUGACCUUCUCACUACAAAAGAAGAUCAGGCAUGUUUCCUGCUAGCAGAGUCGGUACCAAACCAAAAGGUGGUGGAGGUGACAUAAAUCUGACCACCAGAUUUCACAAGAAUUUCUUAAGUGCAUGAGAAAAGGCAGGGACAGAGUAAGUUUUUCUCUUCCUUCUGACCCAAGAGUAUGGUGCCAAGUGAGUGCAACUACACCAGGUAGGGAGCUGAGACCAUGAUGCUCUCCAAAAGGAAAGGUUCAUUUCCAUGGAGCAGGCAGCUACAGACCUAGCAAAACUCUGUGGAAGCUACAGCCUUUGCAGAGAGUAUAUCUUCUACCCCAGGGGAGUGGCACAAUGAUUGAAUUUGUUUACUGUGUUUAGCAUAACCUUCUGUACUGCUACCCAAAUGCGAUCUUUUUCUACUACUAAGGCACCUAAACCCUGGUUCUAGAAAUUCUCUGAAAAAGGAGCUCAAGAACAGAUAUUGUAGAUGAAGGUACAAACACAAGUCCUACAGUUACAAGAGUUGAUAGUGGCCUGUAGCAGAGACUGGAGGGAGAUUAGAGAUGUCCAAAGGACACCAAAACUUGCAGGUUUCUAGAAAAGGAACCACAAAAAGAUUGGAAGGACAGAAGACCAGCCUAGAGACCAGACCUGCUGGUACAUUCACACUGGGAUUAGGAAAUGCCUUAAACCCCUGAUUAGGGGAGAACGGGACCCCCAGCUGCAAAGUCCACAGACAUUCCCUGGAAGAAAAAGGUAGCUGCUUAUGUCUGGAGGAACCAACAGUAGCACACGAUGUUCAAACUUAGCUCAAGAGGCAAGCAGGAAAUGCUGAAGGUUACGCUGUUCCUGACAAAGCAGAAAGAAGAAAAGUUUGGUCCCAACAGGAGGGUUGCAGGAAAACGAACACCAAGAAGAAAACUGAGAAAACCUGCUGGGCCCACAGGCAAAAUGCCAAAUUACCUCCUGAAGAGCAACAGGCCAUGGGAACUGGCCAUGAAAGAAGAGGAUGAGAGAGGACAGACGUUAUAGCACAGGCAGCCCCGAAGACACAGUCGCAGUGGGAGACCCAGAAUCACAAUGCCCAGGAGCAGGGGAGGCGGAGGCCUGACCAAAAGGACCCUUUGGGAGUGCUGACUGUGCCGACAGCAAGGGACAGAACAGCCAAAGGAACUAGUGACAACAAUUAUUAAUGGAGACACUCACACUCCUGUCAUCCACCAUAGGGUCGAGGAGGUUGGGAUAAGACACAUUUUCACAAUCUGCUACUUAAUACUUUAUUUUUGAAAUUUGAAACUUACCAGGAUUUGCACAAAGUCAGUGACUUUGGAUACAUACCGAUUAUCCCAAUUAUGUAUUAUAUAUCUAGUUUAAUUAAAAACUGGUGGUUUAAUUAAAAUACAGCCUACCUCUUCUUCAUCUGUAUGAGAUCUUUCUAAAGGUUGAAAUUCAACAACUCUCCAGCUAGAAAUGAGACAAGAAAAGUCAAAUUAAUUUACCUAAAUGCUGUUUCAUUAUUUCAGCAGUAGAGACGACUCUUCUGUUUCUACACUACAUUAGUAGUUACUCCUUCUUCAACGCUGCAUGUGCUUCAAAAUUUCUUUCAAAUAAAAUAAUUUCAAAUUUAAGGUGCUGAUAACAGGUGCCCAAAAUUUAGAUUUUCCUUUCCCAACCCAGUAUCUAACCUUUCCUUUUCCUAACACAGUCUUUAAGCUAUCCAACAGAGUCUUGAUAAUAUUUUUAGCUUUAAAGACAAUAUAAAAGCAAAUACAAAUUAGAGAUUUAAAAUAUGGAACAAUUGCAUUUGGCCGUUUCAGGCAAUUUGCUAGUAAGCCACUGAAUUACAGCACAGGAGAUCAGUUACCCUGUUUUAGCGAUCUAAAGACGUUCUUCUUCUAAAAAAAGAGAUGUCUCUAGAAUCAUGGAUUAUAGGUUUACACUGUAUGGAAAAAAUUAAGCUUAUUCUACUGUAUCAGAAUGGAUAAAUUUUAAAAAUAUAUGCUAAAACAAUUUCUGUUUAAUUCACUGAAAAUAGUUAACUAUUUUCUUAUGAACCAUAACCUACAAAAAAAGACAGCAACCUCUAAACAACCAUUCAGAGCAUGUCAGCCUUAUGGCACAUUUAAGGCCAUGAAUAUCACUACAAUUAAGAUGAUAUAAACCCACUUCUAUUUUUAGCCAGUCUGCGCAUCUACCACCUCUCUGUGUGUAUCACACUAUUUCCCUUGUGCUAUCAGCUGUCCAGUCUUCCCACCAGUCCAGUCACACAAACUGAAGUGCACAGAAAAAACCCCGAGUGCAUGAAAAGAUCAUCUUAACAUAAAAUUAUCUAACUACAUGUUAAUAAUAUUCUUAGUUAAUGUUCUCAUGUUCAUUCUGGUAUCUUCUUUGCAACUAAGGAGGUCACGAACAAACCUUGGGG